AUGGACCGCGUUUACUCCAGCCUCACCAUUUUCAACCACCAACUACUUUUCUCACCAAUGUCCAAAUUAUUCAGAAUCGACUGCGGCUACCAGAACUACGACUGGGGCAAAAUCGGCUCGUCUUCUGCGGUCGCGCAGUACGCGGCCAAAUCCAACCCGGCCACCGUCAUUGACGAGAAAAAACCAUAUGCCGAAUUAUGGAUGGGAACACACCCAUCUGUGCCAUCCAAAGUGGUGGACGAGGCGGCAUUAGAGGGCAAAUACUUGCGUGAUGUCGUGUCUUCGGACGCUGCCACAUACUUGCAUCCUUCUGUCGUGCAGAAGUUUGGCUCCGACAAGGAAUUGCCAUUUUUGUUCAAGGUGUUGUCCAUCGAGAAAGUCUUGUCGAUCCAGGCCCACCCAGACAAGGCUUUGGCGAGACAGCUCCAUGCCAACGACCCCAAAAACUACCCGGACGACAACCACAAGCCGGAAAUGGCCAUUGCCGUGACGGAUUUCGAGGGUUUCUGCGGUUUCAAGCCUUUGGACCAGAUUGCCCGCACGCUUUCCUCCAUUAGCGAGUUUGCUGACAUCAUUGGCGAAGACGUCACUGCCGAGUUUGUGCAAGGCAUCAAGCCCAGCGCAGAAAUCGGCUCUGAAGACGACAAAGCCAACCGCAAGUUGUUGCAAAAGGUUUUCGGCCGCUUGAUGAACACCAGCGACGACGAAAUCACAAAGAAGUCGGCGCUUUUGGUUGAGAGAGCAGAAAAGCAGCCACAGACUUUGGACGCCUUGGCUCCGGGCUUGGCAUCUUUGGUGUUGAGAUUGAACAAGCAGUUUCCUAACGACAUUGGCUUGUUCUGCGGCUGUUUGUUGUUGAACCACGUUCGUCUCAACGUGGGCGAGGCCAUGUUUUUGCAGGCCAAGGACCCCCAUGCCUACAUUUCCGGUGACAUCAUCGAAUGUAUGGCCGCGUCCGAUAAUGUUGUGAGAGCUGGAUUCACUCCCAAAUUCAAGGACGUCAAGAACUUGGUCGACAUGUUGACGUACUCGUACGAGUCUGUGGAAAAGCAGAAGAUGCCAUUGUUGCCUUUUGCCAAGUCUCGCGGCGACGCCGUUAAGUCUGUCUUGUAUGAUCCACCUAUUGCCGAGUUUUCCGUGUUGCAGACAAUUUUCGACAAGAAAGCGGGCCAGAAACAGGUUUUCGACGGCUUUGAAGGCCCCUCCAUUGUCAUUGCCACAAACGGAAGCGGCACAAUCAGAAUCAAGGGACAAGAGGCCAAGAAGGUCGAAACUGGCUACGUUUUCUUUGUUGCGCCGGAAACAGAAAUCGAGUUGGAAUCGUCUUCCACCGAUGCGCCAUUCACUACUUACAGAGCUUUUGUCGAGGGCAAAUAA